ACGUCUGCUGUGAGAGACAGAUUGGCAUCUUAUCACAGUUGAAGAAGAGAAUUCACCAAGCCACAUGAUCUUUCUCCCUCUCUCUUAAUUUCCCAGUUGGGGCGUCUGUCCCCUAUAUAGAUAAGCGUGGAGUUAAGAACUUCGGAACUUGCAUCAGCAUAGGAAGGAGAGAGAGAGAGAGAAAUGGCGUAUGAUGUGGUGGGUGUGGCAAUAUUGCUGGUGUUGUUGCUGCAGUCUGCUUCCAGUUAUGAGGGCAGCAGCGUCGCCGUCACCGGCUCCAUUUCCUGCCCUGACUGCACAAGCCGCCGCCAACUUGCAGGCUUAAGGGUGGUGAUAAAAUGCGGCCGAGCCAAGCAAGCGAUCGGGACGCUAACGGACAACACCGGAGUGUUCAAGGUUAACUUGUCAUCGAGCCUACUUCAGGACAUGGCUCCUUGCUACGCAAUGCUGGUCAGUGGAUCCAACAGGCAGUGCAAAUUUGAGGAAGACCACAAUAUAGCAAGGAUCGUCGACGGCCGCCUGACCUCGCCGCUGAACUUCUCGCCGUUUUCAUGCCCUGCCAAACCUAGCCAAGGGCUCAAACCAGCUGGUGGGCAAGGUGCUGAGCUUGGUGACUCAAAGACAAUUGACUUGCCUUUGCCACCGGAGUGGGGCUUGCCUCCCACUAGCUACUACACCUAUCCUAUAAUCCCCAUUGGUAUCCCUUAGAUACAUUGAUGAUUAUGGCAGAAAUAUAUGAGUAUAUAUGCCUCAGUAUAUAGGACUUGCUUUAAUGUUUAAUGUAUGGAGUGAUUAUAUUUGCUUUCUGUAUUGUCAUGAGCAGGAAGGACAGUUAGUAUACAUGCUCAUGAUUCGUGGUGCCACUAAU